CUGGAUAUUAUUCUGUGAACAGAGACAGUCCGCCGUGACAGUAAAAGCCAAGCCAGAUGUACAACCCGGCCUUACGCGAUCACGUAUCACGUUGCCGAGAUAUUUUACUGACACGAAGGUUUGCUUCGUCCAUCGACGUGCUAGAUGACUGUCACCCUUACACGGAGUUUCUCGUGGACACAGCGACGAUAGCCCCAGCAUUCCCGCCUCCGCGACAGAGCGUGCCAACAAAACAGGAGAAGUGUUACGACCCUCGCGACAAGACACUUAAGUUUGUCGAUGGAGAAGAUGAUUUGGACUUCUUGUGUGAAGACUUCAAAUCUCGCAGAGCUCAGAUGUCCUGUGGUCACGCUGUGACCCCGACCUCUCUCACCAACUGGUGUCGCAAGUUGUUGGACCAGGGUGAAGCCAGGUUUGUGUGUGGUGGGUCUGGUUGUAGUGCUGAGUGGACUUUUGCAGAGGUUUGUAAAAUGGCUCUGCUGGACCCUCAAGAAAAGCAGUAUUUCAGAAAAAACAUGGAAUUUAACAUUGCCAGGCAGACACUUACUACUAAGUUGUGUCCUGGCUGCAGAUCCGCUGUGAUGAGAGCGAAUGAAUCAGAUUUGAAUGUCCUCUGUAAAGUGUGCACAGCAGUAAAAGGACGGCCGUUUGAAUUCUGCUGGCAGUGUUUGAGGGAAUGGAAGGGUGCACGGCCUCGGAAAGACCGCUGUGAAAAUGAUGACUGCUGCAACCCGUCACUAGAAACACUAAAAAAAUGCCCAGAUAUGACAUUGUGUGAUUCUGAAGUCCGUGUGUGUCCCUCAGUCCGUGCCUGUCCAACCUGUGGUUUGCUGUUGCAGCACAGCAAGAAGGGUUGCCCAUCAGUUUUUUGCCCUCGAUGUAAUGGGACAUUUUGUUUUGUAUGUCUGAAGCGCUCUAGUACAUGUUUGGAGAUCAGGUGCACUCCUGCCCCCAGACAGACCUCUAUACCUGUUUGGAAGAAGAAAUAAUGGGAAAGACACAAGGCUGAUAUGUUUCACUUUCUUUGUAUUGAGAGCGUCUUUUCUAAAUGUAAAUGGCACUAUGCUGUGUUUUAAAUUCUCUCCUUUAAUAACAUCACUUUGUGAAUAAAAAUUGUGUUUUAUUUGUGAGACAUUUAAUAUCAAAUGUGUUCUUUACAGCUCUCAUGUCUGAAGUCCAAUGAUAAAUCUGCAUAAAUCUAAUGUCAUUCAUUAAAAAAAACUUUAGAAUAAGGUUAAACAUUCUGUGUGUGCACAUGCUGUCCUCUGGUUAGUUACAUGUAUAACAUAUAUCGUCUCCUUAUCACACAUGUUGUUUGUAUUUCAAGCUACAAACAACAUAGUUAUUCAUGUUAACUGCAGGUCUUGCAGUGAUCUUCAUGUUGCACGUGCCACGUGGUUAGCACUGUUGCCGCACAGCAAGAAGGUCCUGAGUUCAAUUCCAACAUCAGG